AAAAAAAAAAAAAAAAAAAAACACACAGUCUGCCUGCCUUACAUCCACUUGCUUCGAGCGCUGAGUCUGUCAAAACUGAUUCAGGCUAGCGGUGCGCAAGAGAGUAACCUCAGAUUCUUGGGCUUCGAUUUUUUUUUUUUUUUGAAUAGAUAUGAGAACCAGGCAACCCGUUCUAUCCCUCUUUAUUAGCUAGGCCUUUCUAGUGAUUUCCACGUAAGUAUGCAAGGAGUCUCAAGCAGCCAGCGGAAAUGCUUUCUUGCCAUCCUUGCAUUGCAAGGCAACCUCCCGUCCAAUGCUGGGAAGGCGGCGCGAUCCUGCUUCGAAUUUGUGACACGAGAUGUGGCAAACGCGGUACAAACUAUUUUCCACCAAUCCUUAUCUUCAAAAAAGGCAUCUGGUUUGAGCUCCAGCCAAUCAUCGCCCGGACGGAAUAAGCCAAAAGAGAACAGAGCAAGGCAAAAGCUAAUUUGCCAUUUCCAGACCGAGAGCCGCCGCCCCUACCCGGUCCACAUGUCGGAGGCAACCUCAGCCCGCGAAUAUGACCCGCUGUUCCCACGCAGCUACGCGGCAUCGUCCACGACGUCUACGUCCACAGCGCCGCGCUGCUACGGCGGUUUCGAACAGCAGAAGCGCGUGUGGGCGUCAACGGCUCGGCGAUCGCAGCGCAUCCGGGUGAUCGCCGGUCUACAGUUGCUGUUGGGGCUGCUGGCGUCUGGCAACUACCUGUGGCUGUCCAACAUAUUCAUGUUCAUCGUGGGUGUCGUCGGACUAUUGGCCGUGCGCUCCGAUCGCAUGAGUUGGACCGUUGUGUACUUGCUGCUGAGCGCCAUGGAGUUCGCACGCAUCGUCAUGCUCACACCUCAUCUAUACGACCGGUUCGAGGUGCCAGGAUAUGCUUUCUCACGGUAUGAGUACUUCCAAGUCGUCGUGCUUGUGGUUGAAGAAGUGCUGCUAGUGGUAAGACGCUGCAAAACGACACUUAACUAUUGUGUUUAGUAAGCAGUCUAAUAUGUUAUGUCACCGUAGCCAGCAGCAUUUUUUGUCUGCAUUGCCGCUGCAGCGUCAGUUGCCAAUCCGUUAUGGUAACUUUGGCAAAUGCAAGGACGAGAUCCAUUAUCAGACGUACGAGACCACGAAGCCAUGACCUUGCUGCUGUAUACUCCCGGUGUUAGGAAUAGUUUUUAUCGCAUUGAGGGCCGAGAGUAUCAAAGUGGUGACGCUAGUAUUUCUGCAUGUAGAGGCCUAGCUUCUUACAUUGUUCGUGUGUUCUCGCACAGCUAACUUAAUCUAUAUCGCUUUUACGACACAAAAAGA